UGAGUCUUGAACGCACCUCGGCUUUUCACUACAGUUACUAUAGAAACGGAGCAUAGCCCGGGCAGCUAACGUUAGCAACGUGACAACAGAUCGGGAUGUAUUAGUCGCUACCUUCUAAAAAUGGAGGAUCGCUUUGCUUUUAAUGCGGAGUGGUAUGACCCCAUUGCCUCCCUCCUGCGGAACUACCAACUUUUCUACUACCCCAAAGAUGGCUCAGUGGAAAUGUUUGAUGUAAAGAACCAGCGAGUAUUUUUGAGAAGGACCAAAUACGACGACAUCCAUCAAGAGGACCUGUUUGUUGGGAAUCGAGUGAACAUUUUUUCACGGCAGCUUAAUCUGACUGGGUAUGGGGAUCAGUACACAGCAAACAAACUUGGCAGCAAAAAAGAAAGGACUCUUGCUUUGAUAAAGCCAGACGUAGUUACAAAGAUCGGCGAUGUCCUUGAACUGAUAUACUCCUCCAACCUGAUUGUGACCAAAGCCAAGAUGACAAAGCUCACUUGGAAAGAGGCAGCAGAGUUUUACGCGGAACAUCAAUCAAAGCCUUUCUUCAAUAACCUGGUGCAGUUUGCCUCCUCGGGGCCCGUAGUUGCCAUGGAGCUGAUGGGUGAUGAGGCCAUGUCUAUCUGGAGGAAGCUCCUGGGACCCACAGACUCUGCUGUGGCACGGAGGGAGGCCCCGCAGAGUGCCCGUGCCCAGUUUGGAACAGAUGGUGUCAAAAAUGUUGGACACGGCUCUGACUCAAUUGCUGCAGCAGCAAAGGAGCUUGAAUUUUUUUUCCCAUCCACAAUUGGCCAUGGUCCCUCUAACACAGCUCUCUAUACAGACUGCACAUGCUGCAUCAUCAAACCUCAUGCCAUAUCAGAAGGUUUGACGGGGGGGAUCCUAAACUCCAUAUCUGCGGCUGGAUUUGAAAUCUCAGCUCUUCAGAUGUUCAAUGUGGACCGAGCCAAUGCAGAAGAAUUCUAUGAAGUUUACAAAGGUGUUGUGACUGAGUAUCCUAGUAUGGUGACCCAGUUAUGUUCCGGACCCUGCAUGGUCCUGGAGAUCCACGGCGUUGACGUGCCACAGACAUUCAGGGAGUUCUGUGGACCUGCUGAUCCAGAAAUUGCGAGGCACCUUCGUCCAGCCACAUUGCGUGCUCUCUAUGGCAAAGACAAAGUGAAGAACGCUGUCCACUGCACAGACCUCCCCGAGGACGGUGUUCUAGAGGUGCAGUAUUUCUUCAAGAUUUUGGACGGAUGAGCAGAAGAGAAAACACACUCAUUUCAAACUCAAAGACUUGACAGUUGUCUCAUUUUUCUGUUUAUUGUUUCAGCCUUAUGCAGAUUAAAUAGUGACAAGAGCAGACUCCUGUGUUUUGAUCUUCAACACUGAAUUAAGUAUUUUCACACCAACUACACAUCUUAUUACACGGGAUACUGCAUUGCCUCUGAUAUUCUCUAACCUUUUGACCAGCGACUUUGGUAUUGGAUUCAUACAUUACACUUUGAAAAAAAAA